GGAUGACGACAGGGAGGAGUUGCAGAAGGUGCUUUCGAAGUUAAUUUGCUAUUGGCGAGGAGGGGGUGGGGGGUGUUACAGAUGUCCACGGCUCCCUUCUCUCUUCUGGACAGUGGGCGUUAUAAAUAGUAAAGGUUAAUUAGGUAGCUGGGAAACUAGAUCGGGGCUGCCUGGUAGAAUUUGAUCCACAGACAGGUAACUCAAGCAAAGCGUAUUGUCAGUGCAGUCGGGCCUAUAUAAAGUACCUUGACCAACAGCAGUCACCACUCAGCCUUACUCCUCUCUCUACGCCGUUACCUGCUGGCCCACACGCCUCCUGACUCGAAGGAAAACAAUGUCGCUGUCGUCUAUCCUUUCCGCUGAUGCCAUCGCCAGCGCGAUCAAGGACUGCCAAGCACCGGACUCCUUCUGCCCCAAGAAGUUCUUCCAGGUCUGCGGCAUGACCAAGAAGAGCCCUCAGGACGUGAAGAAGAUCUUCGGUAUCCUGGACAACGACGGAAGCGGUUACAUUGAGGAGGAGGAGCUGAAGUUUUUUCUUCAGAGGUUUUCCCCCAGCGCCCGAGUCCUGACCGACACAGAGACCAAGGCCUUCAUGCAUGCCGCCGACGAUGACAGCGACGGGCGGAUUGGAGUAGACGAGUUCCAAGCGAUGGUACAAUCCUAAACACUGUUCCAUUGUGCAUGACUUCAAGGGCUUCCUUUAGUCUCCAUCCAGUCCACCUUGUCAUCAUGUGUCCUCCUUCCCUUUGACUUACAAUGACCACCCAAAGAAACGUAAACGUCCUCGGAUAAACGUACUGUACACAGACCAAUGAAAAUAUUAAAACUUGAAUACCUUGA